CACACACAAAGAUCAGGAAGUGCUGUCUUGAGUUGUGUGCUAGUCGGCGGAACUGGCUGUUUGAUGUGAGGAUGUGUGUGUGUGUCAGUGCAUGUUAAUAAAGGAUCUAAUGACUUUGGUCUGCUGACACCCUGAACACCCCCGAAUGGGCCCUAACAUUCAAGUGCAUUAUGGGCUCCAGGAUAAAAGAAAACCCUGAAAAAACAUUCUACUGGUUCUUUCAAGCCUCAUGUCCAAUUGCCAGAGAUAAAGAUCCUGAUGUGCUGUUUCAGUUCCCUGAAGACUUUAAUGAUGAGGAGUCUCUGCAAUGCUUGCCUCGCUUCUGCUUCCCUUAUGACAUAGAGAGGGUGAAGGACACUGUUGCUGUGCAGCACUUCACAUUCGUCUUGACCGAUCUGGAAGGAUGCCAGCGCUUCGGUUUUUGCAGACUCACGUCCAGCUCUCAGACCUGCUUGUGCAUCCUCAGUUAUUUGCCCUGGUUUGAGGUGUUCUACAAACUUCUGAAUAAUCUAGCCGACUACUCAACGAAAGGACAGACCAACGAGAUGAAAGAGCUGCUCUCGGUCCUCUACAAGCACCCCGUGCCUCCAGCCAAUGGCUCCAUCACGCUGCAGAUGGGAGGGAAGCUAAUGAUUGGAAGCCAUAAGCCUGGCAUCAGUGGACACACCCCUAAAGGGGAGGAGUCAGAGGGGAUCCCGUACUUCAUCGCGCCAGAUCCCAAAGCCCUGCCCUCUAUUCCAGAAAGUAGGAACCUGACGGAGCUGGUGGUGGCGGUGGAUGUGGGAAACCUGUUGCAGCUCUAUGCCAGCAUGUUGUUUGAGAGACGGAUCCUUAUUUAUUGCAGCAAACUCAGCACUCUGACGGCCUGCAUACACGCGUGUAACGGAAUGAUGUACCCCAUGUACUGGCAGCACAUCUUCAUCCCAGUGCUGCCUCCUCAUCUGCUGGACUACUGCUGCGCUCCGAUGCCGUACCUCAUUGGAAUUCACUCCAGCCUGGCAGAGAGAGUGAGGAGUCGAGCUCUGGAGGACGUGGUCAUACUGAACGUGGACACCAACACCCUGGAGUCGCCCUACGAGGACCUGAAAAAGAUCCCGGCCGAUGUGGUUGCGGGACUGAAGGUCAGGCUGAAGAAACAGGCGGCGGCGGCCGGGUCAGGGGUCGCACACGCUUUCCUCCGAGCCCAGGCUCUGCUGUUCGGAGGAUACAGGGAUGCCUUACAGUCGCCUGCUGAAGGGCCGGUGGUCUUCUGCAAUGAGCUGUUUCUCAGUCACAAGUCUCAAAGCAUGCGGGAGUUUCUGGAGAGUGCGGUUCACCUGCAGUGUUUCAAAGAGUUUAUUGAUGGCCGGCUGAAAAUGCUUGACCAGGGCAAAGAGCCGGAUGACGUGUUUGAGGAAGAGGUGCUUCAGUGUGGUGCUUCAUCUGGUGGCUCUAAACUGCGAAGGCAAUGGGUGGGAAAUUUAAAGAAAGGGGGUGGAGCUCUGAUUGUGACAUGGAAGACUACAGCGAACAAAGCAACCAAAUACCACAGCAAAUUUGGGCUGAAAAACCUCCUGUCAUCAAAAGACCAAAGUGAAGCUCAUAUGCUACAGAGGGGCGGGUCUGUGUGUGAACCGCACACGUAUCGCCUCCUCCAAUCAGACUGCCUUCAGAAUCGUCUACCAAUCACACAGCACUUUGGCAGGUCUCGACCACGCCGGCCGACACGCAAGCAUCCCAGCCACCAGGGCAAUGAACAACAGACAGAGGAUGACAACACCACCUAUGAGGACAGUGUAACAGAAAGUCCUGAGCAGUGCUCUGGCACCAGCGACUUACAGGAAGAGGAUGAUCUCUCUCUUUUGGCUGACCCAGAGGAGAUGGACCUGCUCGGUGAGAUCUUCGACACACUGAGUUCCCAGAGCUCCAGAGAGCCAGGUUUACUGUACGGCACACGCAGCCUCGACCUCUUCAGUUCCGACAGCAGUGAAUUCAUCUCACAUAAAAGUCUGACCAAUCCAAGUCAGGAGAGUCUAAGUCCCUCUUUUGGAAACAGCGGAAGUCUUGUGAGCUGGGGGGAGGAGCUAGAGGAGGGGCCUGGUGAUGAGGGGGAGGAGCCUGAUGUCCUGAUUGACAGGCCAGAAAAUGAGCUUAACGAAUUAGAGAAAGACUUGACCGAGUUAGGGGAAAAUCUGUGUUCAGAUCUACAAAUUCUAGAAGAUGCUUCUUUGGAUCCCGAAGUGGGUUCUCAGGAGCAGCAAAAUGACAGCUGGCUGAAAAAUGAUGGACAAAUGAAUGGAACAAUGGAGGAAAGCUUGGAAACCGAGACAGUAGGUACAGAGAGGACAGGGAUGCAACAUGACAAAGAUGAACUUCUGAAAGAGCAUAAGAUGACAAAUGACUUGGGCUCAAACGGACCAACAAAUGAAGGAAUUACCGCCACUUUUUCUCACAGUGUAAAGAUAGACAAAAGAGAAGAGCCAGAUAAGAAGAGAAUUGAACCUCUAUCACCAAAUAUUUUGUCUACCGUAGCUCUGUUUCAGUCCUCGGCUGACUCUUCUGGUUCCCGAGAGUGGGAUAAAUCUCUAAAAACUCCCAUCAGGACCCACAAAAUCAAUGCGGGAUCAAUGACGGGCCUGCAGACUGGAGAACAAAGCAUGAAAUCACCCGUUUCAUCAACACCAGAAGAACAAACCCAGGCUCCCGUUAAGGUCUCAGAGCUGAAGAAGAGAUUCGAACAUUAGAUCAUCACAAAUCAAGCAUACUGAAGCGAAAUUAUACUGAAGGACUGAAAAUGACUUUUUUAGAAUGUCAAUUACAAGCCUACAUGAUACAACACUUGCACCAUAUUUUGAUUCUUGUGAGGCAACAUUGCAGAGUCAAGUUCGAUAGGUGUUCCAUACUGAACUUUGAGAUUGUGGAAGGUUAUUUGUCUCAUGCACCUGUUUGUUAAAACUUAACACUGACAUCAGUCAAUAUCGAUUCAAAGGCAAUGCAAGUCAUUCCAGUUUGGUGAAGGAUUGCUUUUCCUUUUGGAAUAAUGUACACUGAACGUGCAUUAAAGUAAAUCAGGUCGAUUUUAACUUUCAUUGUAGCUAAAUGCAGUAUGUUAUCAAAAUAAACUGAUAAAUGCACCAUUUCUGACCAAUAAAUAAAGUCCAACGCUUUUUUAUACAAAUAUAUUUAAUCAUUUAUAAAAGACCUUAUCAGAGAGCGCAAAGCACCAGCUGCUUACUCAGAGCAAAUAUUGACACAGCCAAAACCAAAAACUCUCGAAUGAAACUGAGGACAAGGUUGUUUACUCACAGAUGCAUUUUAAUUAAUCAUACACAGUCACUGCAUCACGUUAUGAUCAACACGUAUGGAUGUUACAGACAGUACAGAAAUGCAAGUCUAAUACAAAACAUUUGGCAAAGUGCAGUAUAUAUUUUUCUCUCCACCUUUGAAAAAAAUAAAAAAUAAAACUACAACAUAACAUUCACUUUUGGUCAUUUGAACUAUUCAGUAUGACAGUGGUAAACUGUUUUGGAGGUAAAGCUGCCAUGUGACUCCUUCAUAAAGACUCUCAGGUGAGUAAACAAAGUACAGAUGAAGUAAACAAAGUCAAACUGGUUGGGCUGUCCAUGUAAACCAUCUGGCUCUUUUACUUUUGGUAAAUGCACUUCCCAGUGUCUUCGGAUACCCCAAGUGUGAUAGCAAAACCUCUUCAUGCAUUCUUGGAUGGAUUUGUCAGCAUUAGCAGUGCAUUGCGAUGUGAAAGCAUUCUCACCUCUCUCUCAAAAAUGCCAAAUAAAUACCCACCACCACUUCAAA